AUGGGGAGAGCUCCUUGCUGUGACAAAGCUAACGUCAAGAAAGGCCCAUGGUCACCUGAAGAAGACGCCAAGCUCAAGGCAUAUAUUGAGCAGCAUGGUACUGGUGGAAACUGGAUCGCAUUGCCCCAGAAAAUUGGCCUUAAGAGAUGUGGGAAGAGCUGCCGUCUCAGAUGGUUGAACUAUCUGCGCCCAAAUAUCAAGCAUGGAGGAUUCUCUGAAGAAGAAGAUAAGAUUAUUUGCAGCCUCUAUAUUAGUAUUGGGAGCAGGUGGUCUAUUAUUGCUGCACAAUUACCGGGGAGGACUGAUAAUGAUAUAAAGAACUAUUGGAACACAAGGCUUAAGAAGAAGCUUCUUGGCAAGCAACGCAGAGAGCAACAGUCUCGUAGAGGGAAUAGCCUAAAGCAAGAACUGAAGAGAGGGAAUGGGGAUACCUUGAUUCCUGAUCAUAAGUAUAACAACAACGAAAGACCUUACUGGCCAGAGCUGCCUGUGCUGGUGGCGCCCAUGCCAAACUCAAGUCAAGAACAACGCAUUGACAGCCAAGCGUCAGUGAGAAGAUUACUAAUCAAGCUUGGAGGAAGAUUUUCUGAUGAUGAUCAGGUGAUCAAUGAUGCGUCGACAACUCUUCAUGAUCAGUUUCCAAAAGAUUCAUCCUCCACUGCUCAUCUGCAACUUUAUGAACAAACUCUCCAAAUGCCCUCUUCUUCUUAUCCCAUGGAUGCCUUAAACAAUAAUAUUGGUACUCAGUUUGUGAACUCCCAGUACACCAUAGAUGGACCAAAUCUACAUAUGCUGGAAGGGCAAAUCAGUUUUUCUUCAGAGCUCCAGGAAAUGGGAUAUAGCAACCCACAAAGAUUAGAUGGAAUGGAGUUCUUAUAUGGGGAAGACAUGGGUAGAGCUGUGGAUAAAUAUUGUUGUGAAAGCAUCGGCUGGCCGGGUACUGAUACAAGCUCUCUGCUUUGCCCUCCUGUUGCUUCAGAAUAUGGAGAUAUACAACAAGAAGUGCUGCAAGAAUUUGCUUUCAAUGAGUUAAGGCAGCCAUGA